GAUAGGGAGCCACUCGAAUGUGAGGCUGAUUCUCUACAAAUCCCACGUUUAUUUCUCCCGAGCAGCGAUUAAGAGCAGAAAGCAGCGUUUUAAGGAAGAGAGUUUCAGUCUGAGUUCACUUCUCGUUUCUUCUGAGCGCCACAGAGGCUGGAAGUUUUCUGUGGACACAAAGUCAGGAUGUCAGAUAUUUCUGUGAAUGACCACCUUGAGGGGAUAUUGUCUGAUUUUGAGGCCCUGAAGCGGUCCUUUGAUAUUGAUGAUGUUGAUGAGAUCCCUACGUUCUCACCAACCUCGUCAGUCACAUCCCCCAUCAGUCCGAGCUCCAUCCUCAGCAAGGCCGGUGAGGUCAGGAGUGCGGGCAACCACAUGUCCCCGACAUACCGCUCGCGGAUCAGCCUGAGCUCCAGCCCUGCUCAAAGCCCUGCCAUGAAGAACCGGAUGGUGUCCAGUCUGUCCUUCAAUCGAGGAACCAUGGGAAAGCCCACCAUCAACUCCAACACCGGGAUCAACCGUGCGGCCUCCUUCCAGAACAAAUUCAAUCCCAAUGGCUUUAAUUCUUGUUCAGGACCUGGCAGUGACAACGACAGCCUUCAUAGUUCCUCCUCCAGUCUGGAAUACCAGGCAUCGUCCAAACUGAGCUCCUACACCAGCCCGCCACAAAGCCCCAUGGGGGUGGGUGAGUACAAGGCCCAGCGCUUGGGAAGCCCUGCCUUGAAGAAGUUCUCUUCCCAUGGGAACAUGUUCCACUCAGAGCUAGAGGGUCCAUUAGUGAUCCCCACAGAGCCUUUGGGUAUCAGCCAUGGCUCCAUGCCCUCGCUGGAUCUCCAGAUGGCUGAGAGUGGAGGAAUGAGACAAGCGGUGUCACCUGGAUCAAGAUUCCCUCAUGCUCCUGUUACCUGGAAUGCACAUCGCCUCCACAACAACAGCAUUGCUGGGAAGGAUUUCUCCAUCAACCACCAGCCCCCAAAAACCAAGGAGCCUGCUCGACUCAACAAGUUCCCCCUUGAUCUUGACAACCUUGUGGUCAAACCACAGACCCCAGAAGGGCCUGUGGCGCCAAGACCACCUCCAAGAUUUCACCCAGUGUCCACCAGUCCCACUGUGUCUGCCAGCCCUUCUGCUUCCAUCAGCAGUUUAGACAGCACUGAUCUUCCCAUGGUUCACAACUACACUGCAGAGAAGCGUGAGCCCGUCACACCUCCUGGAGCCAUCCCGGUUCCCGACAUCAGCGAAUCUCCUGUGCUGCUCUCCCCAGCCCAGACGCCUCGCUUCAACCUGGCCUCUCAGCCUCAGGUGGUCCAGAUUGCUCCUGCUACAUCACCUCCACCCACACAGGUCAACAUCGUCAGCAGUACUUCACGCAGUGAGUCUCCGGCCAAGGAGAGCGUGGGCUCCAUCCUUCAGAGGAUUGCCUCGUUCUCCAGAGGUGAAGCCAAAGUGCCAAUGCCCAGCCCAAGCCCUAUCACCGCCCUCAGCAACGGAAUCAAGAGAGAGUCCCCGGCAGUUCAACACAAAGAGUUCAAGAGAUCAGGAGACACGGCGCAGGAGCUGGACUCGGAGCUGGAGCCGCCCGUCCGGAUGGAGGAGGAGAGGGAGGUGGAGCUUCAGGUGGAGGAGGAGGAGCAGCCGGAGGUGAUGAAGCAGCCGGAGCAGCCGCCGUCCUGCUUCAGUGAGCCGAACACGCAGGGCAUCAUCAAAGGCAGCGACCUGUUCGGCUACGUGGGCAUCGAGGCCGUGCUGGACCAGAUGAGGCGCAAGACCAUGAAGGCUGGCUUUGAGUUCAACAUCAUGGUGGUCGGUCAGAGUGGCCUGGGGAAGUCCACGCUGGUGAACACGCUGUUCAAGUCCAAGGUCAGCCGCAAGUCCUGCACUCCAAACUAUGAGGAGAAAAUCUCCAAGACCGUCCACCUCCAAUCAGUCAGCCACAUCAUCGAGGAGAAGGGAGUGAAGAUGAGGCUGACUGUGAUUGACACGCCUGGAUUUGGAGACCAGAUCAACAAUGAGAACUGCUGGGAGCCCAUUGUGAAGUACAUCAACGAGCAGUAUGAGAAGUAUCUGAAGGAGGAGCUGCACAUCAACAGGAAGCGAAGAAUCCCUGACACCCGCGUUCACUGCUGCGUCUACUUCCUGCCGGCCACGGGACACUGGUUGCGCCCUAUCGACGUGGAGUUCAUGAAGAGGCUGGGGAACAUCGUUAGCAUCGUGCCUGUUAUCGCCAAAGCAGACACACUGACCAUGGAAGAGAGACUAGAGUUCAAACAGAGGAUAAGACAGGGCCUGCAGGCCAAUGGGAUCAGAGUUUAUCCACAGAAGGAAUAUGACGAGGACGCUGAGGAGCGGAUACUUAAUGACAGGAUCAGGCAGAAAGCAUCCCGUUUCGCAGUGGUGGGAACAGACAAGGAGCACCAGGUGAACGGAAACAAAGUCUUGGGCCGAAAAACCAAAUGGGGAAUCAUAGAAGUUGAAAAUGUUGCGCAUUGUGAGUUUGCCCACUUGAGAGAUCUGCUUAUUCGGUCCCACCUGCAAGAUUUGAAGGACGUCACCCACAACAUCCACUACGAGACGUACCGGGUGAGGAGACUGAACGAGAGCAAUGCCAAUGGACUGGGCCUUUCUGCUCUGAGCCUGGAGAACGGUACUGCGGAGAAGAGCGAGGCUGAGAGCCAGCUCUGAACGGAGCCUGACGGGGGUGUUUUUUCGCGUGUGUGUGUGGAGGGGGAACUCCUCACACACUCCUCACCCCUCCGCGUCCCAGUCGAGACCUGCUCCGGGCCCCCACGCGGAGAGAACAUUUCAUUUCAAAGAAAAGCCAGAAACUUUUUGAACGGCGUCGCGGAGAACGUUUCAGACUAAAGACAUUUCUGCUCAGUAAAGGCAUUUAAACUUCAUAUACGAGUCUAUUUUUUAAAGGAGUCUAUAUUAUGGGUCGGGUUUUUUGGGGGGAGAAAAAAAGAAAAUAAGCCUGAGAAAGAAAACAGUGAUGAUGAUGAUGAUGAUGACGUUGAUGAUGUGAAGAAGUAAGUUGAGAAGAAAGACGUGCGAGAAAAGGAGAAAUGGAAGAUUUGGAUCAGGGUGUCUCUUUGCAAGCUGUUUUACUUUCUACUUUAACUGCUCUUUUAGGCCUUUUAUAAAAGAAAGAAAGUGAAAUUAGACACCUAUUUUUGUUACCGUGCUUGCUUUUGGAUGUUUCUAACUCUAGCUUUUUUUUUUUUUACAAGGAAGAAUCGCUGUGAUGACAUUUUGAUACAUAAGAGCAAUAUUACCAAAAAAAGAUUUUAUUUUAACCCUGUGUCAGCUGUCCGUUUAGGUCUUUCUAUUGAUGCAGAAAGCAAAGCGAGUGACUUUUUCAUUUAAAAAACAAAAAAAUAAAACUGUCCUGAAGGAGCAGCAUAUAGCAACAAGCAUAGAACCUGUUCUCUCCUCACUGUCCGAACUGCUUUUCUAAAAGGUACACGUUUUUACAUUUACUGUCCGUCAUUAGAAUUGUGAAUAACUCUGACGUACUGCACCUCUGACUGUCCGCUCCGUAUGAAAGCUGCUGUACAUACCCGAUUUGUGUUCUUGUUUUUUUUUCUGCCUCUUUUUUUUAUUCAACAUGUACUAACAGCUCCAUCAUGUCCACGUUAUAAGUAUUAAUAUCCAUGUAAACACCAUUGAUUUGAUUAAAUGACUGUCACUGUUUA